CGCGCUGCGCGGAGCUGGUUGUGGCUGCUGUCAGCUACAAGCUAAAGGCAGGAUGACGACACCUUUUAAUGUUAUUUGUUUUUAAAUUAAAAUGAACUCCCCGGUCUGAGCCCUACUCGAUCCCCGUCUGAAGUUGUCCGUGUUGUUCUCGGGUGUGUUUUGAGGCCCUUCCGUUACUUUGACAGUGUUCAGAUCUGACUCGGAGAGCAAUGACAGAGUUUGAGGAGAAGCUCCGUCAGCAACAUGAGGAUUCGAUGCACCGCGAGCUGGAGGCUCUGCUCACCACAACCAACAAAGCUGAAGCAGAGAUCUCCAGAAAAGAUUUUGAUGGUUUCAAGAAGCUCUUCCACAGAUUCCUGCAAGUCAAAGGGCCUUCAGUGGACUGGGCCAAGAUCAGCCGGCCACCGGAGGAGUUGAUCCAGCCCUAUGACAGGAUCAAGGCGAGGGGACUACCCGACAACAUCGCUGUCAGUCUCAACAAACUUGCUGUGGUCAAACUGAAUGGCGGUCUAGGAACCAGCAUGGGCUGCAAGGGCCCAAAGAGUCUGAUCAGUGUCCGCAAUGAGAACACCUUCUUGGACUUGACAGUGAAACAAAUUGAGCAUCUAAACAAAACCUUUAAUGCUGACGUGCCGCUUGUACUCAUGAACUCCUUCAACACCGACGAGGAUACAAAGAAGAUCCUGCAGAAAUACAAACACCACCAAGUCAAAAUCCACACUUUCAAUCAGAGCAGGUAUCCGAGGAUCAACAAGGAGUCCCUCCUGCCAAUUGCUAAGAGCAUGGGCACCAGUGGCGAAAAUGCUGAGGCCUGGUACCCACCAGGGCACGGAGACAUCUAUGCCAGCUUCCAAAACUCCGGGCUCCUGGACAAACUCAUUGCUGAAGGGAAAGAGUACAUCUUUGUUUCCAACAUCGACAACCUGGGAGCCACAGUUGACCUGUUCAUCCUCAACCAUCUGAUGAGCCAGCCGGCCGACAAACGCUGCGAGUUCAUCAUGGAGGUCACAGACAAGACCAGAGCCGACGUCAAGGGUGGUACUCUGAUCCAGUAUGAGGAUCGUCUGAGGCUGCUGGAGAUCGCACAGGUCCCCAAGGCCCAUGUUGACGAAUUUAAGUCUGUUACCAAGUUCAAGAUCUUCAACACCAACAAUUUGUGGAUCUCUCUGCCUGCCAUCAAGAGGUUGCAAGAGAAGAACUCCAUGGACCUGGAGAUCAUCGUCAAUCCAAAGACCCUGGAUGGUGGGCUGAAUGUCAUCCAGCUAGAGACAGCUGUGGGUGCUGCCAUCAAAAGCUUUAACAAUGCCAUGGGUGUGAACGUACCCCGUAGCCGCUUCCUGCCCGUGAAGACAUCAUCUGACCUGCUGCUGGUGAUGUCCAAUCUGUACACCCUGGACGCCGGCUCUCUCACCAUGAGCAAGAAGAGAGAGUUCCCAACCACGCCUCAUGUCAAACUGGGCAGCUCCUUCACAAAGGUUCAGGAGUUUCUGGCAAGGUUUGAAAACAUCCCUGACAUGUUGGAGCUUGAUCACCUCACUGUGUCUGGAGAUGUCACCUUCGGGAAGAACGUCUCUCUCAAAGGUACUGUCAUCAUCAUAGCCAAUCAUGGUGACCGGAUAGAUAUUCCUGCUGGAGCCAUGCUGGAGAACAAGAUUGUUUCAGGAAAUCUGCGGAUCCUUGACCACUGAGGCCUUCUGGGAAAAAUGCUCAAAGCCAUUUGGAUCUUAAAGAUGACUUUUAAGAGAUUCUGUUCUUCUGAUGAACAGCAGGGUUGUUACAGCUUUUGUUUUAAACAGUUGUGUCAGUGUAAAGUCAGCCUGAAAAGGUCAGAGGUCAAAUUCAUCGUGCUUCCAAAUUUCUCCAGCACUGUGUAGAAGAAAUUUGCUGUUACUGCAAGACAAUCACUGUAAAGUCUGGCUCACUGUGGUCAUCUUUUUUCUUGUGUCAAUAAAAAAGUGCAGUACGGGUCA